UAUGCGACAGGUAACGCGCUUGGGAAGAUGUCCGUGAGUUACCUGUUGGAGAGGGACAGCAGUAUGUAUGGAAAUCCCGUGAGACAUAUGAACCUAAGUUUCAACCAUCAGAAUGUGUAUCCCUCGCCCCCGUACACGGACUUCUCAGGUUAUCACCACGUUCCAAGUAUAGGUAACGACCAUCACGCGUCCCAAACCGGAGCCGCGUGGAAUCCCGUUUACGCGCCAGCACAUGAAGAGUGGUCACUGUACGGCCCCGGGUCCGGUCAUUCUUUCCCCAGUCUUGGGCCGGCGAAUUCAGCGAAUGGCAAUCUCAUUCCUCCGCCGGAGCAAAGGAAUGUGCCGACCGCAACUGGUCCCGCGGGUGAUCAUCUUUCUCCCAUUUCCGAAAGGGACCAUUCCGAGUGGAUGCGACGCAACGUCCCACUUGCAAACUCAGGCGGGAAGACCAGGACAAAGGACAAGUACCGGGUGGUGUACACUGACCACCAGCGGCUGGAGCUGGAGAAAGAGUUCCAUUUCAGUCGCUACAUCACCAUCAGGAGAAAGGCGGAGCUUGCCGUGGCCCUUAACCUAUCAGAGCGGCAGGUAAAGAUCUGGUUCCAGAACAGACGUGCCAAGGAGAGGAAGAUGAACAGGAAGAAGAUGCAACAGUCGCAGCAGGCCUCCACCACCACUGCCACCCCGCCCACGGUCGACGUCCACGGCAACAUGGCUAUGGUCACCAGCACCGGCAACAGCUUGCUGACGGACACGCUACCCACCACCAUCAAAGAAGAAUACUAGAAUGAGGUGGAACGUUUGAAGCGGAUGUCAAAAUAAAAGACAUGUUUACACUGCACCUUUUUUGAUGCUGGA